AUGGCUGCUGAAUCGUCAGCAAAACCGCGUUGGGGGCGAUGGUUCGGGCGCGAGUCCAACGCUGCCCAGGCCCCCGAAUCACAAGAGAAGCCAGGUCCUCCGAGAUGGAGUAUGGGUGUUCUCAAUGACCCUCACACAGUUCAGGUUCCUGGUUCUGUCCUUCUGCUUGCCAGUAACAGGAACGAACCCCUCGGCCUGCGUAAUGCGCCUGCACGCACCUCUCAUUCCUCCAUCCCGACCGGGUUCUUCGAUCCAGGUCCAUCGCCACCGGCCACUGCCCGCCGCUCUUCCUCGCAUGGCCCGCCCGCCGAUGAGAAGAAGAAGACCAAAGACGGCAAAAUCAUUCUAGAGCCCCAGCCAGAGGACUCGGCGAACGACCCGCUGAAUUGGCCUGCUUGGCGUCGCGACACUGCCCUCUUUUCUCUAGGUUUCUACUGCCUGGUCGGCGGAGGAAUCACGCCGCUGCUGGCCGCUGGGUUUUACGAUGUUGCCGACGACUACGGAGUCAGCGUCGAACAUGUGUCGUUGACAACCGGCUUGUACAUGAUGGGCAUGGGCCUCGGAUCCGUUGUCGCAUCCCCUACCGCCAUCUUGUGGGGAAAACGUCCGGUCUACCUCGCGGGCGCCAUUCUGCUGGCCAUAUCUUCCGUCUGGUGUGCUCUUUCGCCUAACUUUGCUUCCCUCAUCGUGGCCAGAAUCGUUCAAGGCAUAGCCGUCAGCCCUGUAGAGUGUCUGCCUUCGGCCACCAUUGCCGAGAUCUUCUUCCUGCACGAGAGAGCGUAUCGCAUCGGCAUAUACACCUUGCUUCUGCUAGGUGGCAAAAAUCUAGUCCCGCUGGUGAGCGCUGUGAUCAUCCAGGCUCUGAAUUGGCGAUGGGUAUUCUGGGUCGUAGCUAUUAUUGUCGCCGUCUGGUUCUUUGCCCUCUUUCUAUUCGUGCCAGAGACAUUUUGGGACAGAACACCUCACCCAAAGUCCAGGAAACCAUCGAGACGGCCGAGCUUCAUUCGUCGUCUGUCAUCACAGCGAAACGUACCUCAGCAGCCCGCACCCGUGGCAGCAGUCGACGAGACCGCGGACCCAUCUAAGGGACAGACUGAUGACGUCCCUGCAACACCCUCCGUCGCAACACCCUCUGGACAACAACACAAAAGCCUCCACGUUGGGUUUGCUCCUAAUGAACCUACCGAGCAAGUGGGCGAGACAAGCGUCAGCACCAGCAUGGCUCCGGAUGCAACAGCUCUUGAACAAGCUCGUCCAGAAGAUGAUAAUGAAAGACCAACCUCUGCCCGCACGGCCACGCCCACUACCGGGAACACCGCCUUUGACGCUCAGCGAGCAGAUUCACCUCACCACGGCUCCACCUCGGGCUCCGAUUACUUUGCCAGAGGACCUGGAAUGGAGAGCGAAAUGUUCCCGACAGACUCGAGAGGUCCGCCGAAAUCGACUGCGUAUACCCACACACUGCGACACCAACCCGCAAGGUCUUUUACCGAGCAGCUCAACCCAUGGAAUGGCCGUCUCAAUCACGACAAAUGGCUGAAGGUCAUGGUUCGGCCUUUUAUCCUCUUUGCGUAUCCCUCUGUUCUCUGGUCUACAGUCAUCUACUCUUGCUCUGUGGGGUGGCUCAUCGUCAUCUCGGAAACGAUGAGCGUGAUCUAUCGGAAUUCGGACUCGUACAACUUCACCGCCCUUCAGACUGGGCUCGUGUACAUCUCGCCGUUUGUUGGUGGCAUCUUGGGCACCGUUGUAGCCGGUAAAGUAAGCGAUAUCAUCGUUAGGGCGCUGGCACGUCGCAACGGGGGCCUUUACGAGCCCGAAUUCCGCCUCAUCAUGGCAAUUCCUAUCCUCCUCAGCACCGUCAUAGGGUUGAUGGGGUUUGGAUGGUCAGCAGAAGAACGCGAUCACUGGAUGGUGCCCACGUUCUUCUUUGGCGUCAUAUCAUUCGGAUGUACCAUGGGUUCCACCACGUCCAUCACAUAUUGCGUUGACAGCUACCGACAGUAUGCCGGCGAGGCUCUGGUCACGCUCAAUUUUAGCAAGAACAUCCUACACGGACUUGUCUUUAGUUUGUUCGUCACUCACUGGAUGGCAUCUGACGGGCCGAAAACUAUGUUCAUCUGGCUCGGCGUCAUUCAGCUAAUUUUCUGUCUGUUCUCGAUCCCCAUGUACAUCUUUGGCAAACGUGCCCGUAUGUGGACUGUGCGGAAGAACUUUAUGGAGAAGUUUUAG